CAGACUUAUUUUAAUACCUUGCCUUCGUAAGCAAAUACUAGAGUUUCACUUCUUUAUUUCCUCUCCCUCAGUUUCAGAGCUCUGCACAGGAGUGAUAACACAGCAUAAUGUUUCUGUAAUUGCGAGAAGAAGAAGACGACGCAAAUGCGGGUCAAGGAGAUGCACCCUCUCUGCUGCAUCUCCCUGGAAAAUUUCGGGGUCGGCGGGAGUGGUAUUGGGCACAGGUCGCCGGCGGCGGAGGAGGAGGCGGCGUCGUUGUCGAGGAGCAGGAGUUUGCCGGUGAACUUACCGGCAUUUUCCACCGGAUCCGUACCCAGUGUGACCGGUGUUCUCUACAAAUGGACUAAUUACGGCAAGGGCUGGAGAUCCAGAUGGUUCGUUUUGCGAGACGGCGUGCUCUCGUACUCCAAAAUCAGCCGCCCGGAGAAUCUCACCCUUCUAAGCCCUAAUGAAGACGUCCGAUUGAUCGGACAGAUUUCGACGAAUCGCCUAUUGAGGAUCGAUAGCGCGAGCGGGAGGCGGAAGGGACAGAAAACUGCGGGAAUCGUGCAUCUGAAGGUUUCAUCGUUCCGCGAAAGCAAGUCCGAUGAGCGGCGCUUUUAUAUAUUCACUGCCACGAAGACACUUCAUCUGAGAACCGAAUCAAAGAAAGACCGGGUGACCUGGAUUCAAGCUUUAGCCUCUUCCAGAAGCCUAUUUCCGUUGAGAGUUGUGAAUGAUAAUCUUCCCUUUGUACCAAAUGAUUUAUCCGUUUCCACUCAGAAACUCAAGAAGCGUUUACUUCAAGAGGGAAUCGGUGAGGCAGUUGUUAAGGACUGCGAACAAAUCAUUCUCUCCGAGUUCUCAGAAAUGCAAGCACAGCUGAAAGUUCUUUUGGAAGAAAGAUCUUGUUUAAUUGAUACCUUAAGGGAGUUGGAGGCAGCUAAUAUAGAAAUUGAAGCUAAUGGAAUUCACAAUGGUGAGUACCAGUUGAUGAAACAUGAUUUUUCCACCGAGUGCAGUGGAAAAUUUAGUGAAUGUACUACUACCGAGUCUUCAGAUGAUGUUGAAAAACAAGAUAUUGAGGAUGGAUCAGAUGUUGAUGAAAGUUUCUUUUACGACACUAAAGAAUUUUUUACAGACCUCACUCUUACCUGUGGGUCUGUAAACGGACCUUCAGAUUCAUUAGAUAAGAUUAAGAACCUUGAAUGUCAACAGGAUGCUUUAGAGAAGAUGCUCCACAAACAGAGAAGUGAAAUUUCUGUUCAUUCUAAUGUUCAGAGAAGAAAAAACCUUCCAGAUCCCAUCGAGAAAGAGAAGAAAAUCAGUCUUUGGUCUAUUAUCAAAGACAAUGUUGGAAAGGAUCUUACAAGAGUGUGUCUACCAGUUUAUUUCAAUGAGCCCAUAUCAUCCCUUCAGAAAUGUUGCGAGGACCUCGAAUAUUCUCAUCUUUUAGACCAAGCAUAUGAAUAUGGAAGACAGGGAAACAAUUUCCUCAGGAUCCUCAAGGUUGCUGCGUUUGCUGUUUCUGGUUAUGCCUCCUCUGAAGGACGACAUUGUAAACCAUUCAACCCUUUGCUAGGAGAAACUUAUGAAGCUGACUUUCCCGAUAAAGGGAUUCGAUUCUUCUCUGAGAAGGUCAGUCACCACCCAACCGUCAUUGCAUGCCACUGUGAAGGUAGAGGAUGGAAAUACUGGGGUGACAGCAACCUCCGAUCAAAAUUUUGGGGUCGUUCAAUUCAACUUGACCCUGUUGGAGUCCUUAACCUGGAAUUCGACGAUGGAGAAAUAUUCCAGUGGAGCAAGGUUACAACAAAUAUUUAUAAUCUCAUUCUUGGAAAAGUAUAUUGUGAUCACCACGGUACAAUGCACAUACGUGGUAAUAGAGAAUAUUCUUGCACACUUAAGUUCAAAGAGCCAUCAAUUCUGGAUCGAAAUCCUCACCAGGUUCAUGGAUUUAUUCAAGAUGCUAAUGGUCGAAAGGUUGCCACAUUAUUUGGCAAGUGGGAUGAAGGCAUGUAUUACGUUGAAGGUGAGAGCAAUGGAAACCUGAAGCGCAAUUGUCCUUCAAGUGAUGCCUCAGUGCUGUGGAAAAGCGAAAAGCCUCCGGCCAAUCUCACUCGUUACAAUUUAACUUUAUUUGCCAUCACUCUUAAUGAAUUGACAUUGGACCUGAAGGAAAGGCUUCCACCCACGGAUUCCAGACUUAGACCAGACCAGCGGCAUUUGGAAAAUGGCGAAUAUGAAAAGGCAAAUGCAGAGAAACAACGCUUGGAGGGACGACAACGAAUUUCCAGGAAGUUGCAAGAAAAUGGUUGGAAACCCAGAUGGUUCCGAAGAGAGGGUGAAGAUGGACCAUUCAGAUACACGGGUGGCUACUGGGAAACACGAGAGGACGGAAACUGGGAUGGUUGCCCAGAUAUAUUUGACGAAUUGAACGAGGGCAUGAUCGGUGAACUGGGAUCAUGAUUUUAGUCAGAUAAUGCAGGAGCAGGACUAGGAGUAGCUCGAAAAUGUCGUUCCGAAUCAGCGACAAGAACGAGUGGAUUGCCUGGCCUUCUUCAACUUAUUCUUUUCAGUAUACUUCUACUCAAAGGUUAAUAAGAACUGGUGAUUCUUUGAGCACUUAGGUAAAGAAGAAUUCUUCCUUCAGCUAUACAGUGGGUUAGGUCAAAAUCUUAUGCCCCAUUUCCUACCUCAUCUCUCUCUCUCUCUUCUCCAUCUUGCUUCUUUCUUCUGCGAUUGUUUAGCAUUCUGAUUAUGUUUUGAUAAGGGGGAAAAUGUACUUUUUGUUCUCGAUCCAUUAUGUAAGCUCUUUUGUUCAGCUAAAUAUACACAUAUUCUAUAUAUAUUCUCUCUAUAUAUAUGAUUAUUUUGCA